UGAAUGAAUGUUGGUAAUGGUAUUAGUUGUAUCGGGACACCACUACUAAUGAUAGUAUUAGACUUAGUUUUAGUAAUAUAUGCAGUAUCAUAUGUUUUUUUUAUGCACUUUUCAUUCAUUUUCCAUGCCGCCCAGUCCUCACGGGGGUCACUUCUAUCCCAGCUGGCUUUGGGCGAGAGGCGGGGUACACCGCGGACUGGUCCCGAGCCAAUCCAACAGAUAAACAAACCUUUCACAAUCACAUUCAUAUCUAUGGACAAUUUAGAGUCGCCAUUUAACCUAACAUGCAUAUGUUUAGAAAGCUGAUGUACCCGAGGAGAACAUACAAACUCUACGCAGAGAGGUCCAAAGGAGAUUCAAACCCAGAUCUUACAGAUCUGUGUGUGAUCAUAAUGCUAACCACUUGUGCAUCGUGCACCUUGUAUCUUGUAUCUACACCUGGGCUAGUGUGCUGUGCAACAUUUCCCUGUUACUCCAUCAUAAAAACUGUUAAUACUGUAUUAAGAACUGUCUUUUAAAGAUGUUUUUUCCACUGUCUGGGUGAAAGCCUCUUGUGUUUGUGUGUGUGUGUGUGUUUGACUGAAACUGGUACAGAUAGCAGACUCUGCUUCUUUAACUCAUUGUCUGCUUGUAGUGUACACAAAACCUCCCCUUCUGAAUAUCAGCAAAAAACAACAGUGUGCCAGCAUGCUGGAUCAGAAGAUCACAAGUUUGGAAAGUAUUGACUUGCUCCCAGGAAACUGUGAAACUACAUCUUUUUCAAGCAUUUUCAGUUAGACUAGAAUCAUGGCUGAGUCCGGUUUCCCUUUACCACCAGAAACCAUGUGCCCUCUGUGUGUGGAUUCACUGCGAGACCCAGUCACCAUCCCAUGUGGAGACACAUACUGCCUGGAGUGCAUCAAGAUCUACUGGGACCAGUUUGACCACAUGGGAGUGUACAGUUGCCCACAGUGCCGUGCCACCUUCACCCCGCGGCCCGUGCUGAGGCGCGACAUUCCGGACGUUUACCACGAACCCAGACGUCAGCUUCCGGAACUUACGCCUUUCCCUUACAUGCAUCGGGAGUCUUUUUGUGAUUUCUGUGUCGGUCGCCGCAACAAGGCAGUCAAAUCAUGCCUCAUGUGUCUUGCCUACUACUGUGAGACGCAUGUCAAGCCGCAUUACGAGUCGUCCACUUUUAAGAGACACAAGCUGGUGGAUGAAACCGGGCAUCUGGACAGGAAGAUCUGUCCCCAACAUGAGAAAGGACUGGAGCUGUUUUGCCGUUCGGACCAGAUGUGCAUAUGUGUGUUGUGUACUGUUAGAGAGCACCGCAGCCAUAACAUCACCUCGGCAGAGGAGGAGCGCAUUGAGAAACAGAAAGUGCUGGUGGUGACACAGUCGGAGGUCCAGCACAUAAUUCAGGAGAGGAUGAAGGAGCUGCAAGAGCUGAAACAUAACGUAGAUGUUCUCAAAAGCUGUGCCCAGCGGGCCCAAGCUGAGAGUGAUAAAACAUUUCAUGAGAUGCUACAGGCAGUGGAGCGCUGGAAGGCUGAAAUCCAUCAGAUGAUAACAGCCAAUAUGCAAGCGGCUAUGUCUCAAGCGGAUGGCUAUGUGGAACGUCUGGAGCAGGAGAUACUUGAACUGCAGCGAAGAGAUGCAGAGCUCAGGCAGAUCCUGGAAACGGAAGACAACAUUCACUUUCUGCAGAAUUUUCCAACCCUGUGUGUUGCUCCGGAAGCCAUGGUGCCCAAAGUGCUCAUCAACCCUCAGUUCUCCUUCAGUGAAAUGAGCAAAACAGCUUUGGAAAUGAAGGAACACCUGGAUGACAUCUGUAAAAAGGAACUGAGUAAAAUCUCCAAGACAGUCAGCGAAACACCUGUGUACAUCCUUUUGCCAAGAAAUGGGGACAAAAGGCUGAAACUUCCAAGCAGAGUGGAUUUUCAGGAGCCAAAAAUGAGAGCAGACUUUUUAAGAUACUCUUCUAAGAUGUCCUUCGAUCCAAACACAGCCUAUAAAGAGCUGGUUCUAUCAGAUGGAAACCAAAGGGUCACCAGGAAGAAAACAGUCCAGUUUUAUCCCGAUCAUCCUGACCGAUUUGAUGGUUUCUCCCAGGUGUUGUGCAAAGAGCCACUGACUGGUUUUCGAUUUUAUUGGGAGGCUGAGUGGAGCGGUGAGUUCUCAGUCGGUGUGGCUUAUAAAAGCAUCAGUCGCAAGGGGAAGAACUCGCACAGUCUGCUAGGCUACAACAGCAAGUCAUGGAGUCUGCUCUGCUCAGACUCGGGUUAUUCCGCCUGGCACAACAAAACCGACCGGGACCUUCCCAAUGCUUCCAGGGCGUCACGGAUUGGUGUGUACCUGGACUAUGCUGGCAACACUGUAGCGUUUUACGCUGUCUCAGAGACUAUGGAGCUCAUCCAUAGAUUUAAGGCUCACUUUAGUGAGCCUUUAUAUGCAGGAUUUGGUGUGGGUUCUUCAGUUACUCUUUGUCAGCUCAAGCAAAGUCCUGCACCUUACUAAGUCAAGCAGUCACUCACAAUUAUGAUAGAAACAUACCUUUAUAACUAAAAUGUAAUCAUUUUAAUACUACACUCAGGGCUUAAAGUAUUCCUGCACUAUACCGGAUCUCCGGCAUUUCAAUAUGACCAACGAAAGAAAAAAAUAAUCUCAGACAAACACAAACUCAUUGUAGCCAUGUGGUAGGGCUCUAAAUGCAGCUAUUGCCAAUCCUACGAUUGUGCUGCGUUCAUGACAACUCGGGGAAAGGUGUAUGUUUUUGUGUGCUGUGCUCCAAGAAGCUAGUGUAUGGUACGGGGGUAGAGCCGAACCCGAAUACGGUAUUCGGAACGGCACGAAUAAUGACUUUUUGUUACGAAUAAUUAAUUCGAACAAAUACUUUUAAAAUGUUUGUAUUCGGGAACAAUUAAAACAUCAGAAAGCUGCGUUUCUCCGUGAGACCGCAGUGCAUGCCCGGAUCAGCCAAUGAGUGACCGGUGUUCAGUCGGGGUGUUCAGCGGCUGCCUGUCCCUCACAAGUCGCUGCGGCGGAGGAGGAGGCGAGUGAACUUAGAUGCAUCCGUAUUUUGCUUUGUAAACAUACUAUCUUUCACCUCAACUGGGUUUCAUAUGCUGUUUUCAACUAUGAGUAAUAGCGGAGUUUUACCGCGAGACGAUCCGUUGGGCUGCAUUUAUUUGCUAUUUACUUGUGGGCAUUCUCCUGUUGCCUCUGUUAGCGUUAGCUAGCUAACGUUAAGGCUGUUGACAGUAACGUUCACAGUGGCUUUAACUGGUUAAGAAAGUAAUGCUUGGGAACUUGUGUUGAAUUGUAUGCACUUCUGGGUGGUAUUUGGUACGUUUAAGUUAGUUUGUGAUUCCAUAUAUAUUGGGGGCGGGGGGGGGGGGGGCAGUUCAGGCUCAGGGUUUUUUUACUUUAAGCCCUGUACACUACAGUACAAUAGCAUCCAUGUAUCAUAUAUCAUUGCUAACACCACAUCACUUGCUUUAGUUGGCUAAUAUUACACAUUUCAUGUUGUUGUUGUAUGCAUUUUUUAACAAUACUACUGCUUAAACUUUGUUUAAUAUUCAAUAUCUAACAACUCUGUGCUUGUUGCAAAAAGCAUGCAAUUCCACUCCAAUAUUGUAGGAAAAGCAUAGGCAAAUAUUUGUUGCUUAUGAUAACUUUUAAUCAGGUGGAUUUUUUUAAAGCAGAAAUUGAACUGAUUAAAGGAGUGGAAGUUUGAAAUACAUUUAUUUUCAUUACAUCAUAGUGCUGUACACAACUUAUUAAAAAAGCAAAUAGCAAUGAUGUGCUUUCUACUGCCCUCUGCUGGAUGAGAUGGUCUUUGUCGGCCAAGACAAUUCAUCAUUACAAUAACACAAUAGAUAUAAAGACAGAUGCAUGCAAAUGCGUUUCACCUUUUCAUUGGAUGACAACCAUACUUGUUCAUUUGCAAAGUCUUGAUCUAUGGAGGACACUCCGCCCCUAUUCACCAGUCAUGAACCUCACCUACUAAUACCUUCCUUUCUGCACUAUCUACCUACAUGUUAGAAAAAAAAACAUUGGCUGAAGUAGAACAAUUAAUUGAUAUUCGCCUGAUUGUCCUGUUCAGGUGUGUCUUGAGUGUGGUAUCUUGUAACAUUCAAGCUUUUUUGAAACAUAACUUUUAUCCUUUUGUUUAUUUUCAGUGCCACACUAAGCAAGAGUAAGAAACAAUUAGCUGUAAGCAUGAAAUUGUUUGUACUCAAAAAUCAAACGUUUUCCAGUUUCAAAAGAGAGCACAAUUUAAAUUGGAGAGUGUUCGUUCCAUACUUUUUAGUUUAUAAACCACCUCACAGGGAAGUUUCAUCUUGGGAGUGCUUCUUUCUAUCUUGGUCACCUUGAAAAGCUCGUAGGGAGGAAUUAAGACCUCCCUCUCAGACUCUCCGAGCUUAGAGUAGAGGGAGAUAUCUGCCCCAAAGCAUGUGGUCACCUCAAAGCACGUUUUGUUUCCGUAUUUUUCAGCUUUCAGGUACUGACCCAUUGCGCCAGACGUGAAAGAACCAAAGCGGAUUAUUGUGUUGGCUUUUUGAUGGAAGAAAGCAUUCGCUCUACGGAAGAUGGUCAGGCAUUUUUCUGCUGCAGUCCGACGUAACCUCAGCUUUUCAAUGGCAUCCGUCAGAAAGAAGUGUAGAGUGUGAUAUCUGAAUGUGGUCUUGUACUCGGACCUCUGGCUUCGCACUUCAGUAUUGAAAUCUAAGUAGACUGGAGGUUUGUCAAGGGAGUAAAUAUAAAUGGCCAUGAUUUGUUCUUUCCCCAGUGCAUUGGAGCGUCUUCUGGACAUCUUACGGCCCCAUAUCUUCCUGUAGUAAUCCUCAGCUUCAGCCCAGGCCAGUCUAAGGUUUUUGUCUUGAUGCCUCUCCUGCAGUAGAUAGUCCUUCCGCACUUUGCACUCCAUCUUGUCUCUGCAGCCCUCGUACAUGUCGUCAACAGCAUCCUCAGCCAUGUCAAGUAAGAACCCGCCGCCUGAAGCCUGCAAAACCGCACAGAAGCAGAUUCAGAAACUCUUAGAGGAAACUACCUUAGGUUGGCAUCACCUGCGUGCACUGGGUCGCCGUGUAAGACCACACCUGCAAGCCUGGCUUUCAGUUACUAAUAAUGUGUGAUACACUCGAAAGAAAUGCCUUCUGAGUUACAGAAAAAAACAUUUGUUGAUUCUAGCUGGUUUAUUCCUUCUAAUUCCCACCAUUUCCAACUUUGAAAACUCCCUGAAUUUCUACAGCACCUGUGUCAUUCCUAAAGAGGCUCCAUAAACCACGAUAGCCACCGCCCACACUGACAUCAAUGUUGCCAUUGUUAACCUGUCAACACAACAUUACAACAUUAAAACACAAACAAAACCAAAGAUCAUUGCAUAUUAUGACUGACUCACCUCAGUCGACGUGCUGCUGUGGAUAUUUGUUUUUAUAAUUUAAAGAUCUGAGUCAAUGAUUUUGUAUGUGUUAUUAUUGCAAGGAGAGAGUACAAAAUGACAACAAGCGGUUUGGCAGUCUAUGUAGCUCCUGAAUAGGAACAAAAAGAAAAGGUGCUUCCUUUGAUACAGUGCAUAUGUUGCACAACAUUGCAUAGCAACAGCUACCUAUUAGAAUAAAUGUAUACUUUUGUGGUAAUAUUUUGAGAAAAAGUCAAGAUAAGACAUGUACUUCCUUUCUCAGAAAAGAGAAGUUCCAGCAAAUGUGCAAAUGUCUUUUUCACAUUUCCAUUUACCAGUACUGCAUCAACAAUGCACCACAGGUUCUAACAAACAAUUCUGUUUUUCUAUUUGUCACACUUGAUUCACGCAAGUUAAUAAAGUGUUUAUUUACACCAGAAUUUCCCAGAAAAAACACUAAGUGAUCUCUAGUGAUGUGUCCAUUUGUAGUAGUGAUGGCAAUGAUGCCCAAAGCAAUGUAUAGCAUUUACAUAAAUGUCAAAAGAAUGACUAAUGACCAAAACAUACUAUCAAACAAGUGCAGACAAGGGAUGAAGACAAUUUAGAUUAAUUAUGUAUCUGUAGUUAAGACAUCUAAUUAAUCUUUAUAAAUUUCACCUUCAUAUUUUAAUAGACUCACACAUUUGCAUUGAGACAAGUUCCUUGUUUUUCUGACAGUGUACUUCUUGUGGCGGCUAUUGUGUCAUCAAGGUCAAGACGACUGAAUUAGGUCUGCUUUUUAUUUGAAAUAGACAUAGGGCACUAUGCCUUACAAAUGCUCAAAACACAGCAGGAACAGUUCAACAUCCCUAGUUCUUUUCUUCUACAGAUUUGUAUCCUAAAACCUAGCUCUUAACACAGCAUGCAGUGGUGAGAGACAUCUGUCACAUUUAUGUAAUUACGUUUUGGUUUUACCUUCAAGCCGGGCAUAUUUCCCCCUGUUAAUUCUCAUGAAAAGUUUAAAACUAAAAACCAAGCAUCAGAAAAGUGGGAUUUCUUGCCUUCUUUAGGUCCUGCCGGGAUCCCUGUUUGGUGGGUUUUGUCCACCUCCCGGACCAGAAGUGUCAUUUAAGCAACUCAAAGAAAGGCGAAAAAGUGACCACCUGAAAAAUGGGGGGGGGGGAGCGUCAGAAAAGUGGGAUUUCUUGUGUUCUUUAGGCCUCCCGUUAAUUUCUACAGCCCUAACAAGCUGUCAUUCCUACAGACUCCAUUAGACAUAAUGGCUACCACCCACAGCCAUCAGGACAUCCACAAGUACCCUUUCAGCACAUCAGUUACAUUAAAACAGAAAAUGUUAUUAUUGACUCACCUCUGUUAAAGUACCCACCCCAUGUUCUUGCUUGACUUGUGUUGAAUGCGAGUGGGAGCUUGUCUCACCUGCUGAAGUUGUUUUCACGAUACGCAUUUGCAUUAUUAAAUGUUCCACGAAUUGCAAAGAUCAUACAAAUGUUUUUAUUUGCUGCAGAUUAAGUUUACAAUUCAGAUCUCCCCUGGGUGAUUUAGUGCUUUGUAGUUUAUAGACAACAUUACACCACUGUUCAUCAGUUUGUACAUCCGUGAUAGUGAAAACCUCAUAUGGAGGAAUCAGCACUUGUCCCGCUUGGUCUUUAGCAGAGUAGAAUGUCACAUCAGCACCAAAGCAGCUGUGGAUCUCAAAGCAGGAAACUUUGCCAUUGGACUCAAACGUCCGCUUGUCUGUGGCUGCCCAAACAAAAGCACCAAAACGCAUGUUUGUGUUCACCACAUUGACGUCAUAGUGUUCAGAUGUACGAUGAUAGCUGGUUUUGCAGGAUGUGAGACGCAGCAGCUGGACGGCUUCGGUCAAGAAGAAGUAGAAGUAAUGGAACUGAAAUUCAGGCGUGCUGUAUUUUGGUUUGCCUUCUUUGACUGCUCUACUGAAAUCAUGUUGGACCAAAGGCACGCUGGUGUACAAGUAUAAAGCGAUGGCAUGUUCCUGCUUCAUGUCCUUAUGCACAGGCAUUCUUGCGUGUUUUUCAGCAAAAGCCCAAGCGGAACCAAAACGCUUGUUAUUGCCACGCUCAAAUACUCCAAGUCGGUCACUCACAGCAGCCAUCUCCGACCGACAGCCUUCAUACAUGUCAUCAAUGGACUCCGUCUCCAUGUGCAGAGGUAAAAUUUGAGGCCUCUGUAAUGACAAAAAAGUUAUCAACAGUGGAGCUAUUAUUAUAUACAGUAUAUGUCGACUGUACACUAGUACUGCUGUUUAGUUGGUACAGUAUGUACAACAGACAAUGUACUGACCUGGACAGGCUCCGGAGGCCACCAAAGGAUUACAAAUGGGUCACGAUACAAGGCGAACAUUGCCGCUAGAAUCAACAGAAAGGUUGCCCAGUUUGUCAGUGAUCUUGAUAUCUUCAUGGUCUUUCCAACUUCACAUCUGGAUACAAA